AUGGCCUCGUAUUUGAACGCUAACGUGAAGAUGCAGUUCGAAAUGCAACAUGAUGAAUGGCAGGUGAAGGAAAAUAUAUCGCAAUUGAAGCAGUUGAUGUCAGAUCAGAACCUACAACUGCUGCCUGAUUAUGAGCAACGGAUCCAGGUUUUAAAGGACCUUGGCUUUGUUGAUGACGCAGGUAGGGUGCAGCUCAAGGGCAAAGUCGCAUGCGAGAUUCACUCAGCCGAUGAAUUAGUCCUGACGGAACUGAUACUCGAGAACGUUCUAGCCGAGUAUGAGCCCGAAGAGAUCGUUGCUCUGCUGUCAGCCUUUGUUUUCGAAGAAAAGACAGAGAACACCCCGACAUUGACGCCUCGACUGGAAAAGGGCAAAGAAACCAUAAUUGCCAUCUCUGAGAAGGUUAAUGAUAUCCAGAUAAAACACCAGGUGAUAUUAUCCAGCGAAGAUGCAGGGGACUUUUCAAGCAAACCACGAUUCAACCUUGUGGAGGUUGUUUAUGAAUGGGCACGGGGGAUGUCAUUCAACCGUAUCACCGACCUAACGGAUGUGAUGGAGGGCACGAUCGUGCGGGUAAUCUCUCGUCUCGAUGAAACCUGUCGUGAAGUGAAGAAUGCCGCGAAACUCGUGGGAGACCCUUCGCUAUACACCAAGAUGCAAACGGCGCAGGAGAUGAUCAAGCGGGACGUCAUCUUUGCCGCCUCCCUCUAUAUGUAG